AUGUCCCAGAAACACAGCGUGUCACCAGCAAAUAAGGUGGCGGACCUUCCACUAAACCUUAACCACCUUUUCAAUGAAUACCCUAACACACUACACGCUAUAGCCUCCAACGUGCCAAAAACGGACUACACUACUGCAAUAUAUGUGCCGUUUCCUGAUCCAGGCAGUCGUGGCACCUUAGGACCGGAAGCCAUACCCCAACCGGAACCUUUGGACCGACCACGGCGUCCGGGGACGGUCUCGGACGAAGAGCACAAUAACGGUGCCCUAGGUAGUCGGGGCGCCGGUAGACCGGACGUUAUGACCCCACCGGAACGACCGGGUCGACCCCGGCAUCUAGUGGACGAAGAAAAGUCAAGCAAGAAGAGCCUGUCCAGAUCCCCCGGUAGUCGGGGCCCCCCCAGUGCGGACGUCUUUCCCACACCGGAACUGGGGAAAACCCCCCGGCGCUCGGGGAUAGACGGAAGAGGGACGCACUUUCCCCCUGCAAGCCAACUGUCAAGCGCAAGGUUUCAAGCCGCUGCUUCUCCGGAGGACUCCGAGGGAGUCAAGCGUUUCCCGUUAGGCGUACUCGGGACGCAAUUUUAUUCCCCGAUGGACGACGUGGGAUACAAGCCAUCGAGAAGCAACGUGUCCAACCGAACAACAACUAAAAUAGAUGCUGUGAGUAUAGCUAGCCUGUCCGGGCACCCUGAAAAUAUCAUAUCAGGUGGUAAGUCCCUUCUUUCUCGGCCGCUUUUCGGGCACCCCGGGGACACCAACCCGGGCAAUAAGUCCCAACAGACCCAGUGUUCCAGGCAUCCCAGGCACUCCAACCUGGGUUAUAAGUCCUACAACUUCCAGCAAUUUGACAAAGCUCCUUCUAGCGACCCUUCUUCUGGGUCCAGAAAACAUACAAAUCUGACCAUGUACGACUCUCCCGUCGGUUACGGCACCCCCCCGGUCUCGCCCGGGGGACAGCAACGCAACUCAUCACCUGGUUUCUUCCCCUCUGAGCAGCACAACUCGACUGGUAUAUCGAACGCUUCGCCCCUACUUUCUGCUGGUUCCGGACCAAGGUAG